CACUCUGUGCUGAAGCUGUGUGAGGACGACAACUAUAAAACUUUAUUUUGUAAACGGGAGUCCGGCUGUCUUCACCCGGACGGGACGCCGAAGAUUGAUGACUUUUGACGGAUGUAAAAGCUCCAGACUCGAGUGUGGAAAGACGUGUUUAAAGGACUUUAGCUGAAGCAGGAAGAAUAUGGUCGCUGGAGGACUCUGAUAACGACAGAGUGAACCAGCAGCCCACUCACACACACACACACACACACACACACACACACACUCACAGUGACGGGGCCAUGUGGUGGUUUCAGCAGGGUCUGUGCUUCCUGCCCGCUGCUCUGGUCAUCUGGACAGUGGCGUCCUUCGUCUUCGCUUACAUCACAGCGGUGUUGCUGAGACAUGUGGAUCCUCUGGUGCCUUACAUCAGUGACACGGGAACGAUGGCACCAGAGAGGUGUGUGUUCGGCAUCAUGCUGGAUGUGUCAGCUUUUUUAGGUAUGGCCACAGUGUAUGUGCGUUACAAACAGGUGGAGGCUCUGCUCGAUGAAGGCGAGCUCAAACUGAACAGACUGAACCGCUUCGGGCUGCUGCUCGGCAUAAUCAGCUCAUUUGGGAUGUGCGUGGUCGCCAACUUCCAGAAGACCACAGUGUUCUCCAUGCACCUGGUGGGCGCGGUGCUGACCUUCGGGAUCGGGGCUCUCUACAUCCUGGUUCAGACGCUGCUCUCGCUGAAAAUGCAGCCUCACAUCCACAGCAGGCGGAUCUACCUGGUCCGCGUCGGUGUCGGAGUCUGGACUCUGAGCAGCAUUAUCAGCAUGUUUGUAUCAUCAGUCAUCAUGUACAGCAGUCUGCCGGGGGUGGACGUACCGAACAAACUGCACUGGACUCCUGGAGAGACGGGAUACACAGCUCACAUUAUCAGCACUAUCUCUGAAUGGUCUCUGGCCCUCUCCUUCAUCAGCUUCUUCCUCACCUACAUCAGAGACUUUCAGAAAAUAAAUUUGCGAGCAGAGGCAGAUUUGCAGAGCAGCCACCUGUACGACACCUGGCCACACGAUGGCAUCUCAGCGUCGCAUCACAAACGUGAGGCCUUCGAGUCGUCUCCGCUGCUGGCAGGAGGAACGUGACCAGCUGCAGAGCGUCCUAUCGCUUUUACACCAAUUUCCACUUUUCUAAUCACGUUUCAAGGCUUUUUAUAAGGACUUUUUAAAGCUGGUGUAGUGGCUUUUAAAGGGUCAGCACACCCAAAAACAUAAAGUCUAUUCCCCGUAGAGGAAUCUAUCCAGUCAAAUAGUUUGGAUUCAGUUUGUCUAAAUUUAGAGAUUUCUUCCUCCGCCUAAAACAAUGGCGGUGUGGAAUUCAGCUUGCUGCUUACAGCAUUCAAAGGUCGACUCCAACUGUGUUGUCUUUUUGUUUCUAAUAUUACCUCCCAGUAAUGUUGUUAGGCUGAAGGUUCAACCUAAAAUGUUUUAUAAAUAGCCCCAGAUCUAAAUAUAUAGGCUAUAUAUAUUUUUCAAAAAUAACAGUAGGCCUAAUGAAAACAAAGCCCCGGGUCUAAUAAUCUGUCAUUCUGCUGUAGUUGUACUGUAAUGGAUGUACUUAGUUACAUUUCACCAAUGUUGAUAUAAACAAAUACAUUUAACUAUUUUCCAGCUGUAGUUUAUUUAUUUUUAAUGACAGCUGUUUACAGUGCUCUGUACUCAAUUCUGAUUACUUGUUACUACUAAUAUUUUUCUCAUCACAAUCCAUAAAUAAUCUGGAAAGUAUAAAAUAAUUGUUUGAGGGUUAAAUAAGGUGCAACAGUGUGUAAAAAAUGCACCAAAAUAGAGUUGUUCAUUUGGCAACAUUUGAAUACACAACAAACCCACAAAAUGUAAAGAAAAAUCUAAAAUAAAAUCAAAAAAUAAUGGAGCCGCCCUUUAACACGACCGCUGAAAAAUUCAACGUCCACCUUUCUUUUGUGAAUAGAGUCCCUGAUACACUGGAUAAUACACAGAGCAAACUAGAGACAAACCAGACUAAGUGACUGGAGAGACGAUACAACGGGAGGAGAGAAGAUUUUAUUUUUUUUGUAAUAAUGUAAUCAGGGUGAAAUGACUUUCGACUGAAAUACGAGGCUUUGCACUUUUCCCUCAAACUGCAGUAGUCCUUCGGUGACUUUGUCCACUUCAGCGCUGCACUUUAUAUCCUUAAAACUGGUGAUAUUUUUUUUUACUUUGUUUUACUUUGAGUUGGACACUUUGCUUCCCCUUCCUUCAGACCCCACCAGGGGUCAUAUGAAAAAAGAUUGCUGUUGAAAUGGGCUCUCAGAUUAUUAAACUGUAAGAAAAGAGCAAAUAUUUGUUCUAGCACAGAGUUUUCAGUCUGUGCAGCCCACAGGAUGAGGUAUUAUUUUCACUAUUUUUAUGAAAUCAGUUACCAGUCUGUGCUUUCUGUUAGCUGCAUUACAUCUUUUAAGGGUGUUUUCAGUAAAUACUACUGAGUAUUACACUAUAUAUACAUCUACUAUUGUACUGCAAAGACCAUGUUCAUAUUGCAGAUAUCUUAUUCCCCUAAAUCAAAGCGCUCUAUUCACUUAAUGAACUGAACUUCUGCUUUGCUCUCCUGUAGGUGGCGCUGGUAAGUGGGUUUUUAAUAACUGAACAGCUCUGCAGAAUCAGCAGCCUGAUGAUCGUCACAUUGUGGUAAAAGGUGCUGCAGUGUGCCAACAGAAUCAUUUUAUAUGUUGACUGUGUUUAGCUAUAAACAGUUAAUAUACACAUUUCAAAUUGAUACGGUUUUUAUUCAAAUAAUGAAUACAAAAUUCUAAAGUUAAUAUGCCAAUUAAUUUUUUAUGUGUUAUUUCUGUUAUUGCUUAUAAUAUUUGUCUUUAAACAGUUAACAACUGGGUUUUGAAAUAACUGACAAAGGCUUUUAAUUAACUUAUAUGUAGUUUUUUAAUGCUAAUUGUAAUGAUAUUCUGUUUACCACUGUGUUUGCAUAUUCCAUCUCAAAGAUAAUUUCUCACUGCUUUAAAUUUUACUGUAUUUCUUACCAAAAUACACUUUGUGUCCUUGAUAUCCAAAAAAAACUAAAGUGCGCUCUUUCCCCUAAUUUUUUUUUUCUAAAAAGUUUAAAUCAUGCAUUGUUUACAUUCAUGUUUACCAGCAAACAGUCUUCUCUGCAUUUGUUGGCUCAUUACUAUCACCGACUUUAGGUUAGUGUCGCAGUCAUAAAACAUUGCUUUAUUGGGGGUCAAGGGCUCAAAAACUCCCCAGAGUACUUUUUAACUCACAGACAGUUCAGUGGAAUUUGAACAGGUGUGAGCGCCUGAAGUCCAAACAGCAGCAGAGAGACAGCACAGCUAUCUCUCUGCUGCUGUUUGUGUUGAAUGAAUUUAAUGUAAGUUUCCAAAUACUAGUCAUUUAUUAAUUAUUAUUAAAGAGUUUCUGAUUAUUCUGCUGGCACACUCCAGACUCCACGGUACCUUCUGUCCAUUAACUGGGAACAUAACAAACAUAAAUAUUUAAUCAGCUACAAACCUGCUUAACGUCAAACUCUGAGUUACUGCUGUACUUUUACUGUUGGCACAAUAUUCAUGUUAAGACUAAUAAAGAUUUAUCUGUUGUUUAUA